AAUACAGGCUCUGCGCAGCAUUCAAGCAUUCAAGCAUCGCUAUACGUUUUCGCCAAAGCAUUUCAUUCGGAUCUGCAGGAUUCAAACCACAGCAGUUCAUUUGUAACCGAAAUGGACCCAUAGUAUGACUUUCAUUUGACUUGAUUUUUUAUUUUAUUUCAUUGUCAUAUUUGAUAUUUAUUUUUCUUCAUCCGAUAUCAUUGAUUUUUCUACUCUCAUCCACAAUUGAUUUGCAGCCAGUUUGCUCACGACCACCCAGCUCUAAAGGGAAUACUGUGUCUCGAGCCGAUCUCUCUCUUUCUGUCUUUCCUGCUGUUAUUCGAGAAGGAGGUUCGCGCACUUUGGAUUGGUACCUUGACUGGUUUUACCAAGAACCGGACAAACGGGGGAUUUAUUCUUUGCUUCUGCGCUCGUGGAAGUGGACAACGGCGGUGACAGGGUCGCCUUUCUGUUGUGAGGAAUGUACCCUGUGCUCAGGUCGGCUCGCUGAGGGAGAAUAUUAACGCGCUAUCUUCUUCUUCUCUCUGAAUGAGACUGCUUUGCACCUUUGGUUUUGUAUUCCCGAGGUGUUCGGGUAAAGGGACUAACUCGGCAGCAGGGUCUUUCUUGGAGAUGCACUACAUUUGAUUGUUUUUACGCAUUCACUAUUUCGUCCCUUUUUUUUUCUCUCUCCCCAUUUUCAGAUCGUGAUAUAGAGUUUAAUUGCCUCAGUCAUUCUCUUGGGCGUUUCACGUCUCUUUUUUUCUUGGGACAUAUAAUUUCGGAUCGGAUUGUGAUCCUCCCGAAAGACCGUAAUAAUGGGGGACUCGAUGUGGAGAUAUUAUGUAGGAGUUUUGUUUAUUGCGUGCAAGGUGAUCUUGACCAGGGCGAUAAUUAUGGACGCCAUAUAUUGGAACACAACAAAUACAAAAUUCGUGCCAGGACAGGGCUUGGUGUUGUACCCUCAGAUAGGGGAUAAGUUGGACAUAGUGUGCCCACGUGUGGACGGAGUAGCUGACGGGGUAGAGUAUUACAAGAUCCACAUGGUUCCCAGGGAGCAGCUGGAGAGCUGCACCAUCACCAAGGCUGACACGCCGCUGCUCAACUGUGUGAAGCCUGACCAGGAUGUCAAGUUCACCCUGAAGUUUCAGGAGUUCAGCCCCAACCUGUGGGGCCUGGAGUUCUUCAGAGGACAAGACUACUACAUCAUCUCAACCUCUAAUGGCACCAUGGAGGGGCUUGAGAACCAGGAAGGAGGAGUUUGCAAGAUGAAAUCCAUGAAGAUAAUCAUGAAAGUGGGACAAAGUGCCUCUGAUCCUGUCUCACCCAAAGACUACCCCACCAGAUACCCUCCCAAGCAGCCCGACACAGUGGGAAAGGACUCCUACAAACCAAAUGAAGUGCUGGAGAAGACAGAUUCGUCGUACAGGGAGGGCGAGGGCGACCAGGGGACGGGUGGUAAAUCCUCCAGCAUCAUCGGCUCCGAGGUGGCCCUGUUCGCAUGCAUCGCCUCGGGCAGCGUCAUCUUCAUCGUCAUCAUCAUCAUGCUGGUCCUGCUGCUGCUCAAGUACCGGCGACGGCACCGCAAGCACUCUCCGCAGCACGGCACCACGCUGUCCCUCAGCACGCUGGCCACGCCCAAACGGGGCAACAACAACGGCUCGGAGCCCAGUGACAUCAUCAUCCCUCUCAGGACUUCAGACAGCGUCUUCUGCCCGCACUACGAGAAAGUGAGCGGGGACUACGGUCACCCAGUGUACAUCGUUCAGGAGAUGCCCCCCCAGAGCCCUGCCAACAUCUACUACAAGGUCUAAACCUCACCUCCAACCUCCCUGGCAGGGCUCGUUUUUGGAUUGGACCCUCCUUUCCCAUCUCUCUGUUAUUGUUCUUGUUGUUUUUACAGAAACGUUACUAUUUGUGGUUAAUAUUCCUUGUUUGUUUGGGAUUCGUUCGAGAACGCGAAAGAGAAAAGCUGCUCUCCUGGGGAUUUUUUUUGGGGGGAAUACCUCCUAUCCGCUUCUCUUCUCUCCCAGCAGCUUGUGUGUUUGUGUGUGUGGACGGACGGAAGGACAGAUGGAUGGUUGGAGAGACAGACCUCCUGCCCCCUACACGUGUUUGUUUUGGAUACACAGAAGGAACAGAGGAGUUUGACCCAAACCUCCCUGGAUAUCCUGCUCUGCGAUUCUCCCCAAAAGAGACUACUGCUGGGAAAGAGACGAUGGAGGGAGAAAGAGAGGGAUGGCAGAGAGAGGAAUGGCAGAGAGAGGAAAAGGAGAGAAGAGGCGAACCAUGAACUCAUGUUAGUAAUGGCAGUUAGUCAUGAGACACUUCGUGGAAAUAUCCACUCUGGGACAAUCCCGAAUGACACACGGACACCAACCUAUCACCCACACAACCACCCACUCACUCACCCUAUCACCCACACACUCACCCACUGUCAGUCAUUGUGAACGGUUCAGACCCUCGUGCUCGUUACGACCCAUAAUUCCCUCAUCGUUUCCGACCACACCUUUUACUUUCUUGCGUCAUCAAUCAUUACCGUGGUUACUUGAAAAAAGGUUUAGGAGAAGAAGAAAACAGCACGAUUCCUUUUUACAGCUUCAUUAUUGUUGGUUCAUUCCUGGUGUUGUUCAACUUGCAGACUAUUUAUUUUUUUGGUAACGUGGUUUUGUCGCAGCUCAUGUCGUGCUGGUGUACGUGACUUUCAAAUACACACAGACACGUGUGAAAAACACACGCACGCACGCACACACACACACGCACACACGCAUGCGCACACACACGUACACGCACGCGCGCGCAGACACACACGCACACGCACACACUGCAGCCCAGCACUGAGAGAGCAGAAAGCAGGACUUAGAGAGGGCUGGACCAUGUGGAGGUGUUUUAUUUGGGUUCCGUCGCAUCGGGGGACAUGCUGCUCUUUCUACUCCCUCUGAGUGGUCAGGGCUCACCAGGUGGCUUCUGGGAAGGGUGGAGGACCUAAAUGAAUGAUAGAGCAGCACUUUUAACCCCCGCCCUGUCCCUCUACCCAGUCAAGCAGUCAGAUCACAGAGAGGGAAUGAGAGGUGCUGGCAGAGGGGGUAAAAGAGAGAGAGGAUAGAAGCUGUAUCCCUUUCAGUAUGGUUGUAAUAGUAGCAAGGACUGACUUUCCAUAGAUUGGCCUCUAGAACACCGAGAGGUGUUGGUGAACCGGAAAUACAGGCCAUAAGAAAUCCCACCAUGCCUUGCUGCUGCAGUUUCAGCUACACGGAGGAAAGGUAAAGAUAAGAGAAGCCCAGGUCGAAGUGGAGUUUAACCCAGCCAGUGGUUGAAACAGAGAGGUCUAAGUGGAGUUUAACCCAGCCGCUGUCUGAAACAGAGAGGUCUAAGUGGAGUUUAACCCAGCCGCUGGCUGAAACAGAGAGGUCUAAGUGGAGUUUAACCCAGCCGCUGUCUGAAACAGAGAGGUCUAAGUGGAGUUUAACCCAGCCACUGUCUGAAACAGAGAGGUCUAAGUGGAGUUUAACCCAGCCACUGUCUGAAACAGAGAGGUCUAAGUGGAGUUUAACCCAGCCACUGUCUGAAACAGAGAGGUCUAAGUGGAGUUUAACCCAGCCACUGUCUGAAACAGAGAGGUCUAAGUGGAGUUUAAUCCAGCCGCUGUCUGAAACAGAGAGGUCUGGUGGAGUUUAACCCAGCCACUGUCUGAAACAGAGAGGUCUAAGUGGAGUUUAACCCAGCCACUGUCUGAAACAGAGAGGUCUGGUGGAGUUUAACCCAGCCAUUGUCUGAAACAGAGAGGUCUGGUGGAGUUUAACCCAGCCACUGUCACAAACAGAGAGGUCUGGUGAAGUUUAACCCAGCCGCUGUCUGAAACAGAGAGGUCUAAGUGGAGUUUAACCCAGCCGCUGUCUGAAACAGAGAGGUCUGGUGGAGUUUAACCCAGCCACUGUCUGAAACAGAGAGGUCUAAGUGGAGUUUAACCCAGCCACUGUCUGAAACAGAGAGGUCUAAGUGGAGUUUAACCCAGCCACUGUCUGAAACAGAGAGGUCUAAGUGGAGUUUAACCCAGCCGCUGUCUGAAACAGAGAGGUCUGGUGGAGUUUAACCCAGCCACUGUCUGAAACAGAGAGGUCUAAGUGGAGUUUAACCCAGCCACUGUCUGAAACAGAGAGGUCUAAGUGGAGUUUAACCCAGCCACUGUCUGAAACAGAGAGGUCUAAGUGGAGUUUAAUCCAGCCACUGUCUGAAACAGAGAGGUCUGGUGGAGUUUAACCCAGCCACUGUCUGAAACAGAGAGGUCUAAGUGGAGUUCAACCCAGCCACUGUCUGAAACAGAGAGGUCUGGUGGAGUUUAACCCAGCCACUGUCUGAAACAGAGAGGUCUGGUGGAGUUUAACCCAGACACUGUCUGAAACAGAGAGGUCUGGUGGAGUUUAACCCAGCCACUAGCUGAAACAGAGAGGUCUAAGUGGAGUUCAACCCAGCCACUGUCUGAAACAGAGAGGUCUAAGUGGAGUUCAACCCAGCCACUAGCUGAAACAGAGAGGUCUAAGUGGAGUUCAACCCAGCCACUGUCUGAAACAGAGAGGUCUAAGUGGAGUUCAACCCAGCCACUAGCUGAAACAGAGAGGUCUAAGUGGAGUUCAACCCAGCCACUGUCUGAAACAGAGAGGUCUAAGUGGAGUUCAACCCAGCCACUAGCUGAAACAGAGAGGUCUAAGUGGAGUUCAACCCAGCCACUGUCUGAAACAGCUCUAGGUUCCGUAGUGUCUGUUCCCAGGGGCAACAAGAACCGUUGCCAUCCUACACAACUUUAAAAAGCACAGGGACAUCAAAGCUCAUUGUCACUUUUUCUCAAACAUCAUCUUUAGCAUUUCCUUGUUGUUGUUGUUUUUUUUUACUAUUAUUAUUAUAUAUAUAUUUUUUUUUAGUUAGAAAAAUAGAUGUACAUUUAAAGGAGGACAUUUUGAAAACAGAAAGAGUAAGAAAUAAACCAUCUGAAAAAAAAUCAUUAUUUAUUCAUCAUAGACCCAUUAGAGGUGUUGUCAGAAAGACACUGAUGUAGUCUUUAGUCUGGUAUAAAAGUACAUAUUAUGCAAGCUAGAGUUUUAAUGAUCUAAUUCACCCACAAUGUCCCAUCUUUUCAUUAACUUCCACCCAGAGACACAGGACUAGAGCCUGGGAAGGGGAUAGGGAGGGCAGCCUGGACAUAUGCCCCAAGGGGAGAGGAGGUUGUUGGACCCAAAAUAGCAUAACCACGAGGCAGACCAGCAGUGUAUCCCACACUCCUUCACUGUAGCAUCUCCCAAAGGACCAUGGGAAGAUUCUCAUGAUGACCCUGUGCCCCUCUUUCCCUAUGCUACCGUGUGUGUGUGUGUGUGUGUGUGUCUGUGUGUGUGUGUGUGUGUGUGUGUGUGUGUGUGUGCCUCCUGUUGAGCAAGGCCAGUGAAAGACAGCCAUUUUGUUCUCUUUAUUCACACGCAUUUGAAAACAUUGACUUAAGAAAAUGAGAACACGAGUGUGACUUAUACCACGCCCAAAUCAUGUAUCUGUUCACAACCAACAUUCUCAUUAGUUCAUUAAGAACAUCAAAUUUCACCAAGCCUUGUAUGAUCUGGGGUUUCUGCCUCUAAGAGGCUACAAAAUCUGCAAAUAUGCAAUUUCUAUUUAUUUUUUUAAGAAUUGAGAGAAAUCUACACUUAUGGAAAGUGUUCUUACACCACUGAGAGAUGUAACAACAAACAGGACAACAACAAAACGAGUAAAGUACAUCACACGAGCCUGCUGUUAAGAGUUUUUUGAUUUCUAGUAUUAUUUUAACAUUUAUUUCGUUCCAAGGUAAACUGUGAAGAAAAAAAGAAAAACGUUUUGAAAAUGAAAUGCACCCGGAUAGUUAUUUAAGAAAAAGUAAGAGAGAGAGAGAGAGAGAGAAAAAAAAAAAACACACACCAGGAAUCACAAAACAAAUUGAUGUUUAGUUGCUGUCUGACUGCGACAGAAUAUGACAAUCGUUUUAGUUUCUUUGAAUCUGACGUCCUUAUCCUAGCUAACGUACAACUGACAUUCUUCUAAAACGGCUAGGGUCGAUUUUUAUGUCCCUGUUAUGUCAAUGAAAUGUUGCAAGCCAUGUUGAGAGAAUGUUAGUAAGCUGGCUAGGAGAAGUACUUCAGGCUAACUGUAAAAUGCCUUGCUCGUAUUGGUCAGCCCUUGGUCACCUGACUCAGUAAUUUUGCACCGUUCUAUCUGUAGGUGAGAAACUGUAAAUACAUGAAUGUUUGUAUUGUUUAUGGAUCCUGGGAUGUUACAAUAGCCUUAUUCACCUUUUUAGGAAAGUACAUGGAAAUGAAUAAAGAGCAAAUGGGACACUCUUCUGUAAAACAGAGCAUAUGUUUGUUGGUAAAUAGCUUGUGUACAUAUUGACAAGAUCAAUAAAACAAUGUUUUUUUUUAUCAACUCUUAAAGUAAGAUGUUUUGUAUACAAUUAGAAUUAUUAUUUUUAUUUUUUUUGCUAUGUAUUUUAGCUAGCGCUCGUUGGAAAGCCCUUGUCCUCCUCCCACUCCCUCCCCCUUUUGCACUGUUUCCAUGGCAAUUUGGUUUGGAAACAAUCGAGAGAACAAGUUGCCAAACCGACUGCUGCAUAUUCCUGUGUACCAUAAAUAUUUAUUGAAUUCAUUUUUGUUGUUGUUCUGUUUUUUUUUAUUUGAUUUCUGUUCAGUAAGUGACACAGUAUUACGAUUGGGUUGUUCAUUUGUCUCCCUGUCCUGGUUUCGUUAGUCUGUCCUGGUUUCGUUAGUCUGUCCUGGUUUCGUUAGUCUGUCCUGGUUUCGUUAGUCUGUCCUGGUUUCGUUAGUCUGUCCUGGUUUCGUUAGUCUGUCCUGGUUUCGUUAGUCUGUCCUGGUUUCCAGGUGGCUGUAUCAGUAACCCCUCCCCUUGCAGUUUCAGAUGACCAGGCCGUUGAAAUGGUUAAACAUUCAAGAACUAAAUUAACUACAGUGACACACAUUCCACCAGUCUGUUAAAGAACUGAAAAUGUUUUUCAAUAAAAUGUUUUUCCUAUGGA